AUGCCGGCUAGACGGGAGGCGAUCAGAGAAGUAGUAUCUGCGCACAAAGUAGCAAUCCUCUUCUUGCAAGAAACCAAGAUUGAAGACCGGAAUCCAAGCCUCGUCAGAGAUGUAGGCGGCCAUCAGCUCCAAGACUGCGUCGUGCUCCCUACGAUCAGCACCAGGGGAGGUGCCGCCAUCUUCUGGGAUAGAAUGUAG